CCCAGUGCAGCGUGGACUCCGCUGCGUCCGCCGCAGCCCCACUGUUCCGCGCGCCGCAUGGAGCGCAUCGAGGGGGCGGCCGUGAGCCGCUGCGCAGCCUCGCCCUACCUGCAGCCGUUCACGCUGCACUACCGCCAGAAUGGCACCCAGAAGUCGUGGGACUUCAUGAAGACACAUGACAGCGUGACGAUUCUCCUGUUCAACUCCUCGCAGAGCAGCCUGGUGCUGGUGAAGCAGUUCCGGCCAGCUGUGUACGUGGGCGAGGUGGAGCGCCGCUUCCCAGGGUCCCUGGCUGCCGUGGACCAGGACAGACCCCGGGUGCUGCCGGAGGCACUGCCAGGCUCGGCGGGGGUGACGUAUGAGCUGUGCGCCGGCCUCGUGGACCAGCCCGGGCUGUCGCUGGAGGAGGUGGCCUGCAAGGAGGCUUGGGAGGAGUGCGGCUACCACCUGACCCCGACGGACUUGCGCCGGGUCGCCAUCUACAAGGCUGGCGUGGGACUGAGCGGCUCCAGCCAGACUAUGUUCUAUGCAGAGGUGACAGAUGCCCAGCGGGGUGGCCCUGGCGGGGGCCUGGCUGAGGAGGGUGAGCUCAUCGAGGUCGUGCACCUGCCCCUGGGAGACGCCCAGGCCUUCUCGGACAACCCGGAUAUCCCCAAGACCCUCGGCGUCAUCUUUGGUAUCUCCUGGUUCCUCAACUGUGUGGCCCCUGGCCUUCGUCGCCAGUGACACGCCAGAGGGUCUGGGUGUGGGCUGGUCCUAGCCCCCCGUCCUGCAGACCUAAUAAAGGCUCAUA